AACGAAGCCCUUGUGCGCAGAUCGGGGGAAAAAAAAGAGAGAAGCAAAACCAAAGCGCUUCCCCGUCUGGAAUCUUCUCGCCUCCCUCCGUCCGCGUCCUAACCCUUCCUCUUUCGCCGCCGCCGGUUCCUCCCCCACUGCGUAUUACUCCACCGCGACCGAUCUUCGCCGCCUGUCUAGAUGGAUGACAGCUGCGCGGUGUGCGCGGACGCGUUGGAGUGGGUAGCCUACGGGCCUUGCGGGCACCGCGAGGUGUGCUCCACCUGCGUCGUCCGCCUCCGCUUCGUGAUGGAUGACAAGCGAUGCUGCAUCUGCAAGACCCAUUGCGCCUCCGUCUUCGUCACCAAGGCCAUGGGCGAUUACACUAGAGUGGUCGCUGAUUUCUCUGUGUUCCCCACUGCGGUAAAUGAGGGAAAGGUGGUGGAUUACUGGUACCAUGAGGAUACACAGGCAUACUUCGAUGAUGCCGACCACUACAGGAUGAUACGGGCAAUGUGCCGGCUUUCAUGUAGCGUUUGUGACAAUGCGGAGGAUCAGGUUACUCUUGCUGCUCAAGCAAAGCGCAGAAGCAAGUUCAGGAGCAUUGAACAAUUGAAGGGACAUUUGUUCCAUGUACAUAGGUUGUACAUGUGCAGUCUUUGCUUGGAGGGGAGGAAGGUGUUUAUUUGUGAACAAAAGCUUUAUACAAGGUCACAGUUAACUCAACAUAUGAAAACUGGGGACUCUGAGGUGGAUGGCUCUGAGGUAGAGCGCAGUGGUUUUGCUGGGCAUCCGAUGUGUGAGUUUUGCAAAAGCUCAUUUUAUGGAGAUAAUGAGCUUUACACGCAUAUGUCCAGAGAACACUAUUCUUGCCACAUAUGCCAAAGGCAGCAUCCUGGGCAGUAUGACUAUUUUCGGAACUAUGAUGACCUUGAGUUACAUUUUCGAAAAGAUCAUUUUCUCUGUGAAGACGAAGCAUGUUUGGCGAAGAAGUUUGUUGUCUUCCAGAGUGAAGCAGAGCUCAAGAGACAUAAUGCAAUGGAGCAUGGUGGUCGGAUGUCUCGUGCUCAGAGGAAUGCUGCACUUCAGAUACCUACCAGUUUUAUAUAUCGCAGAAAUGAGCAAGACCAACGGCGUGGAAGAGGUAGGGGGCGUAAUGCUUACCAAGAUGGAUCUGACGGUCAUAUCUCAUCUGCGCAGAAUGGCCGUGCAAUCAAUGACGAUGGCCCUGCAGGCCGAGUUGAUAAUGUUACAGGGUCUUUACAGUCAUUAAGUGUUGGUUCUAGUUCUGGGCGAGCAGAUAUUGGCCAAAGCUCAAGGACAGGACGGGUGCUCGAACAAUUGUCCUUUCCUCCUCUUUCGGACCCAGAUAUUCCUGAUGCUAGAGUUGACUCUGUUCCUGAUGAAACCUCAUUUCCUUCGUUAUCAGAGCAGCAAUCAAGGUAUGCACUGGCCCUCAAUCAGAGCUCAAGGGGUGCUGCAAGGCUUGGGGAUGAGUCAUUAUUCCCUCCUUUACCUGGGUCUAGUAGCAACAGGGGAGCUGCUUCAGCACGACAGGGGCUACAAAGUCUAGCCAAGAGCACACUUGCAGCAAGGCUUCAACGUAGCAAGGGCCCUGUGAAAGUACUCCAUACUGCUCGGUCUCGUCCCUCUGAAAAUCCUGAAUUGCUCCCUUCUGUUUCAAGUUCCACCCAGACAUGGCCUACACCUGAUCAGGGGCUUCUCCUGCCUAGUUCUUCUCAGCCUCGAAUUGGAGCUCGGCCAACAAGAGAAAACGGGUUCAUCUCCAGUAACUCUGCAUGGAAUCCUGGAGGUCCAAGCAAGAUGAAGCACUCUGUUUCUACUCCUAAUCUUGUGUCUGGUGGCUCCUCUGGCCAAGCAUUAUCAAGUACAGCUUAUGGUGGCAAUAAAAACCAAGAACCUCCUCAAAGUAGCCAAACUCCUCUUGUAGAGGAUGUCCGUGCUGCAAACAAAUCUCUGGUUGAAAAAAUGCGUGCUGCUUUAGGAAUGGAUGAGGAUAGGUACUCUGCAUUUAAAGAGAUUGCGGGUGAAUACCGUCAAGGUGUCAUAGAUACUUUAGAGUAUCUUUCAUAUGUUGAGCAGUUUGGACUCUCGCACCUUGUUCCUGAGAUGGCAAGGCUAUUACCUGAUCCUCGGAAACAGAGGGAACUUGCUGAUGCAUAUUAUACCAACAUACGGUUUAAAAGCCUCCAAGAAAAUGGGGGAGGUGGAACUAGCUCGAAAGAGGGCAACCGUAAAAAGAAGGGAAAGGGAAAAGCUCCUGAUGUUACAGAAAGUAGCGCUGCCAAGGACGUGAAGGAUUCUCUAGCAGAUAGCUUUCUGGACAGUGUAAGAAAGCUUCAAUCAAACCACCAUGCUCAAGGAGAGGCUGAGGUGCUCUCAAGGGAUGGGUAUCGACCUGCCAAGGGGAUUCAGCUAUCAGCGGGAGGUUCAUCUAGUGCAGAUGUGAGUCUAGACAGAGAUACUGGUUCCAUUUCAAAGGCUUCUGGUGCCAAAGAUAAUCCAGGCAAGGGAGGAGGGAAUAGCAGCAGUAACAACAGUAAACAAUCAAAGAAGACAUCAAAGUUUCUCAGAGCUCGUCUAGGUGACAACUCAUUGGCUACACUUGAUUUAAGUCACCCUAGUGUGAGUCCCGAACAAUCAGAAAGGGAGUCACAAGGCCCACAAGUUCCACAGAUGGGGUUGCCUGUGCGAGGUGUUUGGAAGAAUGGCGGGGGGCAGAAACUCUUCUCAAGCAAUGGAAGGAAGUAAAAGACAGUUUGCAGCUGCAGUUAGACCUGUCCAUAUGGUGGUAAACGAUACAGGUAAAUGGCAUUGCCAAAUGUGCACAUUUUGUGAUCGGUGGUUAUAGCUGGUCGGUGAAGGCUUCAUCAAUGUAGAAGACCACUGUGUUUGAAUUAUGGCUUAUUUUCUCAAGUUUAUCGGACCAAAACCUCGUGAGGAUGGAUCCUGAAAAUUAUGGGGUUAAUCUCAUUUUGCUGGCUGGUAAAUCUUGGCCAAAUCCAUUGGUAGGCGAUAUUUACAUGAACUCUGCUGAUGGCUUGCAUGGCUAGCUAUUUUCUUCUGUUAAUUUGAUUUCAGGCUUGGGCUGUGACUUGUGACACAGGUACUUAUAUGUACUGCCUGUCAGAUGUUCAUUACGCGAUUAAGCUCCUAAUCCAAAGUUGUUUUUGUUGUGAAAA